AGACAUGUGAGAUAGUCACAGUUCUCCAGUGAACGGGGCAACAUCUCAGCAGCGCAGCUCCGCAGCUCGGCCGUGUGGAAUGAUCGCAGCCCGCCUUCCGCGAGACACAGCAGAUUUCCCUCGGAGCGGCAGGGCGCAGGCACGCAGCCCGUCUCCGUCCUCCACGCGGCGCUCCGCGCGCUUCGCCCGCUGCGACUCACAUAGGCUACUUCGUGGAGGUACCUAAGGAAGACUGCACCAAUUGCUGUUUUUCUUCUUCUUCUUCUUCUCGUUGUAAUCGCGUCCGCCGAUAACGCCUUUUAAACCAGACACUGUUAUUCCAAAUCCCUUCUGUAGCCCACUUCUCUCAGCAUUUUUGUUUUUUUUGUUUUUUUUUUGUUUUUUUUUUCCGGGAAACGGACCUACACUGCUUUAGGUCGGGGGAGAUACCACGGAACAUAAUUAUUUUACCUCGAUUUUUUGGAUGCACCGAUGAGAGAUCCAGUUUUCACAGGGACUGCCAUGGCUUAUCACCCUUUCCACGCUCAUCGGCCGACCGACUUCCCCAUGUCAGCCUUCCUGGCCGCUGCACAGCCCUCCUUCUUCCCGGCGCUCACGCUGCCUCCCGGGGCGCUCACCAAGCCCAUACCGGACCACACUCUAGCCGGGGCGGCGGAGGCUGGGCUGCACCCUGUCCUGAGCCAUCACCAUCAGGCGGCACAUCUUCGCAGCUUGAAGAGUUUGGAGCCGGAGGAAGAAGUGGAUGACGACCCCAAAGUCACGUUGGAAGCUAAGGAUCUUUGGGACCAGUUUCAUAAAUUAGGGACGGAGAUGGUUAUUACCAAAUCCGGAAGGAGAAUGUUCCCCCCGUUCAAAGUGCGAAUAAACGGCCUCGAUAAGAAGGCCAAGUACAUUCUCUUAAUGGAUAUCGUGGCCGCCGACGACUGCCGCUACAAGUUCCACAACUCGCGCUGGAUGGUAGCCGGGAAGGCCGACCCGGAGAUGCCCAAGAGGAUGUACAUCCACCCGGACAGCCCGGCCACGGGCGAGCAGUGGAUGGCAAAGCCGGUUGCUUUUCAUAAACUCAAGCUAACGAACAAUAUUUCCGACAAGCACGGAUUCACGAUCCUAAACUCCAUGCACAAGUACCAGCCCAGGUUCCACAUCGUGAGAGCCAACGACAUCCUCAAGCUGCCGUACAGCACGUUCAGGACGUACGUCUUCCCGGAGACGGACUUCGUGGCCGUGACCGCUUAUCAGAACGACAAGAUAACGCAGCUCAAGAUUGACAACAAUCCCUUCGCCAAAGGAUUCCGGGACACGGGCAAUGGAAGGAGGGAGAAAAGGAAGCAGCUCACUCUCCCGUCCCUGCGGAUGUACGAGGAGCAGUGCAAGGCGGACCGGGAGGGCGCAGACUCGGACGCCUCCUCCACCGAGCCGCCGACCGGAAGAGACGCGCUGCACUCUCCCGGGGGACCCGCGUCCAGCCCGCUGAGGUUCCACCCCAACAACCGAGAAGAGAAGACGUGCACUGACAGUGAGCAGGAACUUGACCACCCUGACGACCGCUGCACAGUCCAACAGCCCCGCCCUGAACGCCUGUCCCCUUACAGCUCCAGAUGCGAAGAGCGGGUGAGGGACAAGCCUAGUGUGGAGAAGAAGGACGACUCCAUAUUCAGUAUAAGGAACCUUGAGAAAGACAAAGUGGAGAGCAGACAUAGGAAGGACACCACAGAUCCGUCCAAAAAGGACUCAGAGACCCCAGGCAUAGGUCCCAGCAAAGAUGGCUUCUCCCCUCUUAUGGUCCAAACGGAGAGCCCCUCUCACUUCAGCCCGGGCCACUUACAAAGCUUGGCUCUGUCUGGGCUGCACGGCCAGCAGUUCUUUAACCCCCUCAACGCCGGAUCACCACUGUUGUUUCACCCCGGGCAGUUCGCCAUGGCCCCGGGAGCGUUUUCUGCCAUGGGCAUGGGACAUCUAUUGGCCUCUGUAUCCGGAGCAAGUGGUUUGGAAAAUGGCAGCCUCUCUGCUCAGGGCACAGGGGGCACCCCGAACCCCUUCCCCUUCCAUCUGUCUCAGCACAUGCUGGCCUCUCAGGGCAUCCCGAUGCCGACUUUCGGGGUCUUCCCGUACCCCUACACCUACAUGGCGGCGGCGGCGGCGGCGGCGUCCGCCUCCGCCCUGCCCGCCACCAGCAGCGCCGGCUCCCUGUCCAGGAACCCCUUGAGCAGCUCCCGUCCCCGGCUCCGCUUCAACCCGUACCAGCUGCCCGUCUCCCUCCCCCAGAGCUCCAGCCUGCUCCCCAGCAGCCUGCCGGGCAGUCUCAACGCCGGAUCCGAAUCCUCCAAAUGCGGCAGCAGGGAGACGAGUCCCGCGCCGGAGCACCACAGUCACAAGACCGGCGGGAGCGGCCGAGCCGCGUCCCCCAAAGCCUCCAUGAAAGACUCCAUCAAUGAGCUGCAGAACAUCCAAAGACUGGUGAGCGGCUUGGAAAGCCAGCGAGAGACGUCUCCCUCCCGAGAUUCCCCAAAGUGAUAUCCUUUUUUUUUUUUGGAGUAGCUCCAUCCGAUGAAGACUUCGCUUGAAUAUUAAUGGACAUCAUGCAUUUGUUUUAUACAGCACAAUCCCGCCACUGCGACCUUCCCGCGCCCGGACGCGGCCGGGGCGCGGAGCCGCGGCGCCGGCGCGUCUGUCAAGGCGACACGACCCGGUCCGCUGGUGCACUGAGUUGUACAAACCAAACGUGUGUUUGUGACUGAUCCCUACGUUAUAGUGCAGAGGCCCGCUGGAGAGGUGGACAUGUGGAGCGGGCCGAUCUCUCACGUCAUGGUUUUGUCCUGAAACACGCGCCGCGAUUCAGACCAAGGGCCUCUCCGAGUUGUCGUAUUUGUUUGUUUUAGCAGAGCACUGCGGUGGCUGGGAGGUGUAAAGCUGCGUCACACACACACACACACACACACGCACACGCACACACACACACACGUCUACAUAGCCUAUAGCCUACUACUACUACAGGAGGGAUGGGACGUAAACAUUCCGUCUUAGGUAACCGAGAAGAACGCUUAUCAAUCCUGCCAGACAACUGUUUCUGAACUAUUUAUGUAAUUAAAAUAAAAUUAUGUAAAUAAGCUGGGAUCCAAGAAUAUGCAAUUGGUAUUAAUUUAUUCAAGACUGUAUAUUAGAGUGUAUAUAUUUCGAUUUUAACUCGUUCCUUUUUUUUCCAUUUCCAUUAACGUAUACUGUAAAUUAGAGCUAUCUAGGGCUUGUUGGUUUGGAAAAAAAACAAAAGAAAAAAAAAGAAGAAAAAAAAAAGAAAAGAAAAGAAAAGAAAUCGUCAUCGCUGAUUUUCCUGCGUCCGACACGUGAAGGGAACGUGCGUGCCACGUUGAAGUCGCCGCAGAUACCGCCGGCACCGGAAGAAGAGUCCACGCGGACCCCGCGUAGCUUAGCUACCUGUUGGCAGGUCGGUGUCGCAAACAUGGGAAAACCUCAGGUCAUUUCACUCCAACACAGCGGCUCCUCCUCCUCCUCCUCCUCCUCCUCCGAUGGACGCAUAUCUAUUCAUAAAUAUAUUUAAAGAUGAAAGUAUCUUGUUUAUGCUGGUUGUCCGGGUAUUUUUUUGUCUCACAAUUUCAAUAAAAAAAAAAGAUCGUUGUGAUGAAAAGUUGCAUUUAUUAUUAUUAAUUAUGAUUAUUAUUAUUAGUAUCAUUAUCAUUAAUUAUUAUUAUUAUUAUU